AUGGCUAUGGCGCCGUCGCCUUGUCCUCGACAUGUCUCUCUUGAGCCGACUCAAAAGGCACUUCCGAUAUCAGCUGCCCGUUUAGUGCGUUCAGCUUCUAUAGCGCGUACAGGUCGUUUAGCUUUCGCAAUUUUGCGACCGAGCACGUUCACGGGAUGGGCAAUAAGAGCGCGAGUGCGCACCGGACCCGCCUUGCGCGUUACACGGAGCAGCAGCAGCGGCGGACCGACACCACGGGCCCUGAACGGCAACCGGAUAGUCGUUGCGCGGUCGUCACGAUUGGCCAGUGCCGCGCGCGCCGAUCGCGGUAGCGUCGAGCUGCCGUCGGACUUGGCUGACCUAGGAGAGCGGCCGUGUGUGCUUAUAUAUCUCUCGGACCGCCUGACGCCAUACCGCACGGCGUGGGAGUGGCAGCGAGAGGUGGUGGCGCUGCGGCAUAGAGCUCUCACUGACAGGGCGCAACAGAAAGAGCAGCAACAGCAGCAGCAGCAGCUAGAGCAGCGAGAGAAGCAACAACGGCAGAGUGAGGAACAAGCGGAGCAAGAGGAGCAACGGUUGGAGAGAGAUGACCUGUCCAGAAGAACUGUUACCUCCUCCUCCUCCUCCUCCUCCUCCUCCUCCUCCUCCUCCUCCUCCUCCUCCUCCUCCUCCUCCUCCUCCUCCUCCUCCUCCUCCUCCUCCUCCUCCUCCUCCCUCCCCCCUGACGUCCUUCUUCUAGUGCAGCAUCCCCCGGUCUACACCCUCGGCACCCGCAGCGAUCGCGCCAACCUUAGAUUCGAUCCAACGGCUGACACACUGCCAGGUGGCGCGGAUCUGUUCGUCACGGAGAGGGGCGGGGAGGUCACGUAUCAUGGGCCGGGUCAGCUUGUGAUAUACCCAAUUGUGGACCUGCGGCAGCACCGCUGCGACCUGCACUGGUACCUGCGGUCUCUGGAGGAAGUGAUUAUAAGGGGUGUGGAGGAGGGAUUUGGCAUUCGUGCGGGGAGGGAACCAGGCAUGACUGGCGUGUGGGCAGCCGGUUCCAAGCUAGCAGCCAUGGGUGUGAGAGUCUCUCGUUGGAUCACCUUCCAUGGAGCGGCGCUCAAUGUGACAACAGACCUCUCUGCUUUCUCCCACAUAGUCCCCGUGAACGUGAUUCCCCUGCAUCUGUGUCGCACCACUGCUGCCACCACUGUGGAGGAUGGUGGUUCUGCUGCCCUGGGUGCCCCUGAUGCUGCUGUAGCAGCUCGGUUAGCUCGCCAGUUGUGGCUGCCUGAAGACUUGUGUAGAGCAGCCUUGGAUGGGACUACAAUUCUGGAGCUAGAGGUGUGCGAGGCUGGUGCACGUAUGAGGCAUUGA